AUGGCCAUGGCUAGCAUCACAGACCUCCCAGCCGAGCUGAUCGACAACAUCCUCGACCUCGCCACGACAGAAGUUCCAGAAGACACAGCCAUCGAGUCCCUCGGCCCCAGACGCGUCGCCGACUGCCCGUCCAUCGUGCGCCAACGAAUCAUCAACAGCCUCGCGCCCACCUGCCGCAGGUUCCACGAGCUCUUCAGACACGAGCAGCACCGCGUCAUCUUCCUCACCAAGAGAAACAUCUUCCCGCGGAUGGUCAAGCUCCACCGGGUGCUGGGCUCUACCCCACAACCAGCGGUGUUCCAGAACACGACGCAGUUCGUCGUGGACUACGAAGAGAACCUGUUCCUGGCGAAGAACUAUGGGGAUAAGGCCGGCUAUGGGAAAAUAGCCAAUAAACUUGACUCUUUGAGGAGCGACACGCGCAAGGCUGGAUUCAGGUGUAUGGACGAAUAUUGGGUUCCUCUGGAUCGAGUUGGGCGCGAAUGCAUCGGACCGCAUGUGCCGUUGCAGCGCGGGCAUGGUCAUAGGCUGGGUCUGCUGGCGCAGCUAAUCCUGCUGCGCCUUCCGAACGUCGAGAUGGUCACUUUGCCUUAUUGUAUGAUGGACCUUCUUCAACCCCUGGACGUGUCGUGUAUGAAUGCGAAAGUCCGGCAGAAAUUCCCGCCUCGCCUCAAAUCUCUGCGCAUAACCGAAGUUGACAACGGAGAUGGCCACCCUGGGAUAGCCGGCAUGACCCCCAGCCGGUGCGGGAUCUUCGCAAAGUACGGCUACAUCAAGGAACUCAUAACCAGCGACCUACAAACGGGGCUCCCGCCGGCGGAGUUCAUCGCAUUCAGCUGGCUCACGCGCCUCGUCCUCUGGCACUGCGCCGUCAUCGACCCGAACCACUUAGACCAGGCCCUGAAGCGGCUCCAUAGACUGCAGACCUUCGUCUACACCGUCAAGAGCUCGCCCACUCCUAGGUGGCCUCGAUGCCCCAUGUACGAACAGUAUCUGGCGGUACGGUUCCCCGAGACACUGACGACGCUCUGCAUCGACGCGCCGUUGGAUUAUUGGUUCGGGCGGUCCGGACUGGCGCCGGUGUUUGGCGGCCUGCAGAAGCUUGAGAACCUGUGGGUGAACGCGCACAAUCUGAGCAGGGCAGGGCUGGGGAACGGAGUUGGGAUUCUGGAAUCGACGAGCCGGCACGAUCGCAGCUACGACCGUAUCGAGAUUGUAGCGGCGGAAGGCGAUCUGAAGUGUUUGCCGAAGUCGCUGAAGAGGCUGCACAUAUUGGGGGAGAUAGGGCGCGUUCGGGAGGAUGUGAAGGGGCUGGAGGAGGCGGUUGGUACUGGGAGGCUGCCGAAUCUGAAGGAGAUCGCGGUAGUGACGACGAUAGAAGAUGAGGACGGCCCGGGAGAGGGCUUUUGGACGCGGUAUGAGGCGGAUUUGUGGGGUUUGGACAGAGAGAAGCUUGGGGGGGAGGGUGUGAGAUAUUUAGAUGAGGUCGAUCCAAGACCAUACAUGUGGUAG